AUGCAUGUUCUUCAAAAACGGAUCAACAAAGAAACGUUUGGGAAAGUAGUGGAGCGGAUGUCGUCAAAGCUAGCAGGGUGGAAGGGCCGUAUUCUGAGCCUGGCGGGUCGCAUCACAUUGACUAAAGCGGUGCUUGGAUCAGUGCCGGUUCACUCCAUGAGUUCAUGUAAGUUCCCAGAAUCGACGACGAAAUCCUUGGAUAGGAUCUCAAGGGAUUUCGUUUGGGGGUCCACACCAGAGAGGAGGAAACAGCAUCUCCUCAGUUGGGACAAGAUUUGUCUACCAAAGGCGGAAGGGGGUUUAGGAAUCAGACAGUCGAGUCUCAUGAACAAGGCUUUGCUUGCGAAGGUUGGUUGGCGAAUGUUACAUGAUGUCACGAGCCUCUGGUCGAAAGUGGUGCGCAGUAAAUAUCGAGUUGGGGAUAUUCAUGAUGGCUCCUGGUUAGUCACCAAAGGAACGUGGUCGUCCACAUGGCGAAGUGUGGUGUUAGGUUUGAAGGAGGUUAUUGUGCCAGGACACGGGUGGGUCAUAGAAGAUGGUCGAAGUAUCCAGUUUUGGACCGAUAAGUGGUUAAUAGGACAAGCGCUGGAGGCAGAGUCUAUAGUGGAGGUUCCACAAGCAAUUCUAUACUCAAAGGCGUGCGAUAUGUGGAUCGAUGGGAUAGGGUGGGAUAUGCAGAGAAUCGGGCCGUAUGUGACAGAAGAUGUAAGGCUCAGUCUAGCGGCAGUGGUGAUUGAUAAAGCAGAAGGCGUGCAGGAUCGACUCUCUUGGAGUGACGCGCCAGAUGGAAAGUUUACGGUGUCCUCGGCCUAUCGGAAUCUUUCACGAGACCGGGUCUUCAAGCCGAACAUGGGUCAGUUCUUUCGACGAGUGUGGAGAGUCUUAGCUCCGGAACGAGUGCGGGUUUUCUUCUGGUUAGUUGGAAAUCAUGGGAUUAUGACAAACCAGGAGAGGUUUCGGCGACACAUUGGCGACAUGGAGAUUUGUCAAGUGUGUAAAGCCGGAGUGGAGUCCAUCCUGCACGUCCUACGGGACUGUCCGGCCAUGACAGGAUUAUGGAGGCGUAUUGUCCCAGCAGGCAAGCAGCAAGUCUUUUUCACUUCACCGCUGCUCAACUGGAUUUUUGACAACUUGAGUGCAGAGGCUGGGACAGGUUUGGGACUAUGGCCUACUUUAUUUGCUGUCGCGGUGUGGUGGGUGUGGAAGUGGAGAUGUGGGAAUGUUUUUGGUGAGAAUAAGCUGUGGAGGGACAGGGUCAAGUUUGUGAAGGACUAUGCUAAGGAAGUGUAUCAGGGGAUGCGGCUGUGCAAGGACAGGAACACUCGAGUAAGUGAGGAGAGACUGAUUGCGUGGUUGCCGCCGAUGGUGAGUUGGAUGAAGCUUAAUACAGACGGAGCAUCUCACGGUAACCCAGGACUGGCGACGGCUGGUGGUGUUCUUCGUAAUGGUGAGGGUCAUUGGUGCGGUGGAUUUGCGUUAAACAUUGGCCGCUGCACUGCACCAAUGGCGGAGUUGUGGGGUGUUUACUAUGGUCUCUGUUUUGCGUGGGAGCAGAGGAUCACGAGGCUUGAGGUGGAGGUGGAUUCGUUGAUGGUGGUGGGCUUUCUCAAGACAGGGAUAGAAGACUCACACCCGCUGUCUUUCCUGGUACGUCUGUGCCACGGCUUUCUAUCGAAGGACUGGGAGGUCCGAGUUACGCAUGUGUAUAGGGAGGCCAAUCGUCUAGCUGAUGGAUUGGCGAACUAUGCUUUUUCGUUACCCUUUGGUCUACAUUCAUUUGAUGUUGUCCCUCCGGAUUUGUUGUCCGUUUUGGUGGAGGAUGAACGUGGUGACUUGUUCCCACGUCAAGUCCGUGUGUAA